AUGGCGGGACAUGAGCCUUCUGCGGAGUGGGACAGGGUUGGCGGACCGGAGUCCCCUCUCGGUCAUCGAAGAUCAUCAGUGAGAAGCAGCUCUAGUAUCAUAUCUGAUGUUGAAAUGGCGCACGAUGAGAUCUAUGCGGGGCCCGUUUCAGAGAGCAUCCCCUCUAGCUCUGCCUCUUUUGUACCUCGCCGAUCUCGCCGUGAAUCGCAACUCAGUUUCACUUACUUCAGGGAAACCUCGGAGGUGCCGGAGUGGGCAGUUGUGGACGCCGUUGGAGAUGAAGAUGAAGUCGCAAGUGGGUAUGCGGGAGGAAAUGAGGUCGACAUUGAGGAGGCACCGCUAAGUCCUAGCCGUGCUUCAAUGGACUCCCGUGUUGCCAGAGAUUCCUUCGAUGCGCCAUUGCUACAUCGAGACGAGUCUCCCGAGGGUUCAGUGAGACGACAGUCCCUUGACGAGGUGACUAGCCAGAAAAUAUACGUCGCAACGGAAGAUCUGACGGUGGUAAUCGCGGGUUUCAACACUAGUAUUUCUGGCUAUCUCCUAUACCUUACAGUCUGCUUCCUAUCAUGUGGUUUAGGGUACCUUCUUUUUCGAUGGCUUCCCCGAUGGCGUAUGAGACUAAUCGGCACGCCAACACCAUUAUGCCGAUGUCAAUGGGCCGUAGUCGAGGAUCAAUGGUCACAAUUGACCGUUCACGAAGUUGUCAGCCAGCCGUAUGAUCGCCCGUUAUCCACGGUCUUUGGCGCUCCGGCCAAGGAGGUUGACACUCCCAUAUUUGAUGAGGAGUAUGACCCUGUUAUUUCAACCCUACGGUUCUUGGAUUUUCGCUAUAUUCGCUUUUACUACCAUCCUGCCGAAUACCGAUUUUUGCAGUGUACCGGGUGGAAAGAUCCUUCUUGGACAAGCAUUAAAGCUUUGCGAGUUGGGUUAACGGCGGAAGAGAGGGAUUUUCGGGAACAAAUAUUUGGGCUCGAACAUAAUCGAUAUCCGGCAAAAAAGUAUCCCGCAAAUCCAUGGUCGACGAAAGAAAUCUCCCACUUCGAAUGUAAUGUCCGAGUGUUGAGGAGUGGAUUCUGGAGAACUAUUCAGUCACACGACCUAGCCCCAGGCGAUGUCAAUACUAAACCCGAACUAGGUGAAUCCGUUCCUGUCGCAAAAACCCCAACCACAAAUGAAGCUCUUGCCUCUCUCGACAUCAGUGCGCCAUCGGUCCAACCAAAUGUCGCAAAACAUUCCCUUUUCUCCGGAACAAGGAUAAUAAGAGCUAGGCGCCCGCAAGAUCCUAAGGAUGACGAAGCCGUCGCAUUAGCUAUGGUGAUCAGAACAGGUUUUAAUACAACAAAGGGCGCCCUUGUUCGCUCAAUGCUUUUUCCGAAGCCAUCUGGCUUCAAAUUCUACCGAGAUUCUUUCCGGUAUAUUUCAGUCAUGGGUAUUGUUGCUGGAUUCGGAUUCAUAGCGUCUUUCAUAAAUUUUGUCAGAUUAGGGCUCCCCUGGCGUACCAUUAUUAUCCGUGCUCUUGACCUUAUCACCAUUGUUGUUCCACCCGCGCUACCUGCUACACUAUCGAUUGGCACAAAUUUUGCCCUCUCUCGGCUCAAAAAGGAGAAAAUUUUUUGCAUUAGUCCUCAAAGGGUUAAUGUUGGCGGGAAGCUCAAUGUAGUUUGUUUCGAUAAGACGGGGACUCUAACGGAGGACGGUCUUGAUGUCUUGGGGGUUAGGGUAAUUUGCGGACCGGACUUAAGAUUUAGCGACCUCCUCACCGAAUCAUCGUCCAUUCUUCCUCAUCGGUCGUAUGAGAGAGAACCCACGGUGGACUAUCGUGCAAACAGAUAUAUUCUCUAUACCAUGGCAACGUGCCACUCCUUGCGGAUUGUCGAUGGUGAACUGAUUGGUGAUCCCCUAGAUGUGAAAAUGUUCCAGUUCAUUGGGUGGUCAUUUGAAGAAGGGAGCCAUAAUGCUGCAGAUAUAGAGAUGGACCGUGACUAUGGUUCUCCAUCUAUCGCCAGGCCACCAGCUGACUUUUCUCCUGAUUAUAAUGAUCCUGACCCAAUUGGCAAACCAUUCGAGCUCGGUGUCCUCAGGUCAUUCGAAUUCGUGUCCCAACUUCGUCGGUCAAGCGUUAUAGCUCGACAGUUUGGCGACCCAGGUGCCUUCGUAUUCGUAAAAGGGGCCCCUGAAUGCAUGAAAGACAUAUGUCUUCCCGAAAGCUUACCUCCCGAUUUUGAAGAUCUGCUUAGCUUCUACACCCAUCGAGGUUUCCGUGUUAUUGCCUGUGCAGCAAAACAUUUCCAGAAGCUCAGCUGGAUAAAGGUACAGAAACUACAUCGUCUGGAAGCCGAAUCUGAUCUCGAAUUCAUUGGCUUCAUUGUCUUCGAAAACAAGCUCAAACCUAGUUCCAAAGGUGUCAUCACUGAACUAAACCAAGCUCACAUUCGAAACAUCAUGUGUACUGGAGAUAAUAUCCUGACACGUACUCGUCGAGUCCAUGCUUUGUACCCCGGUUUGUUGACGAUGCUUGUCCGCGGUCAAGUGUUUGCCCGCAUGUCUCCUGACGAAAAACAUGAACUGGUCGAAAAACUCCAGUCUCUAGAUUAUUGUUGCGGGUUUUGUGGUGAUGGAGCGAAUGACUGCGGAGCGCUGAAGGCCGCAGAUGUUGGCAUUUCUCUCUCUGAGGCAGAGGCGUCAGUGGCGGCUCCGUUUACCAGUCGAGUGUUUGAUAUAUCAUGCGUACCACAAGUGAUCAGCAUCCAAUCUAGGAGACUUCCAGUGGGUUGGAUUGGACCAAGCUCUAUUCUUUGCCGCAAGGCUCCGACCUCAAAUCUAGUUUCCCUCAAAGUUUUAGUUCCGCUUCUCGGUCAAAUCGGUAUUUGUAUCAUAAUGCAGCUCAUUAUUUUUGAGACUGUUCAGCUCCAAGACUGGUAA